CUCACUAUGGACCUAUCACGCUUAAGCUUACCGGUACUUCACCGGCAGAUACCAAGCUCUGCAAAAGAUGGCGAUAUUCACAAAAGCAACCUUUAUCUUAAUGCUAAUAUUAGUUUUAUCUGCUUACUGGAUGUAUGAUGGUUUUGAUGAAGAUUCUGUUAAAGGAAAACAAGUUGUUAUAACAGGAGCAAGCGGUGGCAUCGGUGAGCAGAUUGCCUAUCACUUUGCACGCCUUGGAGCCAAAGUACUACUGACUGCACGAAGAGAAGCAGUCCUAAAAAAGGUGGUUGAAAAGUGUAAGGAACUUGGAGCAGAAGAAGCAUUCUAUAUACCUCUUGAUAUGGGCAAUCUGGACCACACAAAACGCCUUAUACAGGAAGCUAAGACUAAGUUUGGGGGCUUAGACUACCUCAUUCUAAACCAUAUAACUACCAGCCACUUGGAGUUGUGGAAAGGUGACAUGGAAAGAUUAGAACAAAUUAUGAAUGUAAAUUUUAGAGCAUACGUCAGUCUAGCAACUGAAGCUCUACCAAUGCUUGAAGCAAGUAAGGGGUCUAUUGGAGUGGUUUCAUCAUUUGCAGGUAAAGUUGGUGUACCAUAUACAGCACCAUACUGUGCCUCUAAGUUUGCGCUUGAUGGCUUUUUUGGUGCACUUCGACAGGAGCUGAUAUUCAAAAACAAAGACGUAUCCAUUACACUUUGUAUUCUUGGAAGUAUUGAUACACCAAAUGCUCGUAGUGCUGCUAAAGCAAUACAGGACCCAGAUAUGUACUCAACCUCUUCCGCUGACACUGCUUUAGCUAUCAUCAGGGGUACAGUUACUAGACAACGUGAGGUGUAUUACCCACACAUGAUUAAACCUAUCACCCUUGUACGUGAUUGGAUCCCUGAUAUUUUAGAUAGUGUCAUUCGAAGUAACUUUAAAGUAGAUACUCCAGAGUAAAUCUAGAGAGGUGGUGGCAUUGAACUGACAUGUUUCAUUUAUUGUUAACCACAUUUUAAUGACUUUUUAUAAAUUUUAUAAAAAAAAUUUUAUGUAAUUAUUACUGUAAAUACAAUAUAUAAUUUGGGUUAAAAUUUAAGAUGAUGUUCCAAACUUAUUGUGUACCAAUUCAAAAAAAAAUUUUAAAAAAUAGAUCAUUUUUGGAAUUGAUGCACAAUUCCAAAAAUUUGAUCAUUUUUGGAAUUGUGUACCAAUUCCAAAAAUGAUCAAAUUUGAAUUAUACAGGGCCCAGGGAGGGAAUUUUACAGACUGAGUGUUCAGACUACCUCAAGCCACCAUGGGGCAGUAAGGUAGAAGAAACUCUCAAACUUAGAUUUGAAUUUUUGCCAUUUUGUUUAAAUGUUGGAACAUUUUUAGGGGGUGGUGGUAGGAGAGGCAAGCGGUAGUGCCAUGAAUUUGCUAACAGAGUGUCCGACAGACACUGCGAACCAAGGGGCCAACUUAAGCAUCGGCCAGGGUCAUGUAGUAAAACCCCUAGUGGGGUUCAUCAUUUAGAGCACAAUUGGCAAUCAAAAUUAAGUUAUUUGAAUAGGCAAAUUAAUAUUUUUAGUUCAACGACCUGUCCGAAAACCUGUAUAUAUCUCGAAGAACUGCGAAGAGUGUCAGUGAACGAACUGCCAGUCAUUCUAAUGUGUGGAGGUAAUGCACAUGCACAGUGAUCACUGAGCAACUGCCAUCGUAACCAGCAGUUUGAUUUAUGAAUACAUAUAUCAACUGUUCUACAUCCAGUAGUUUGAUUAAAGGGCCACAUAAAAGGUGAUGGACUCACAACUGACUUAUAAUAGCAAUUAUAGUUAAGUAAUUGCGUACACUAUGGAAAAUAGAAGCCUUAGGAGCCAUUAUUUCCUUUAAAAAUUGCCUUCAGCCCUCUGAUAUUUAGGUUUUUAGAAUACUGUAGUAAAUAUUGAUUAUUGUGCACCAACUUUCUUGAUUAUUUAGAUUAAAACUAGCAGCUGAGAUCAUUAGUAUUUAUUACUAGGGGUACAAGGAAAAUACAAAAAGGUUUUCCCUCUUGAAAUAGUUACAAAGGUUCCUAUUAUCAUUAGUAUUUAUUACUAGGAGUACAAGGUAAAUACAAAAACGUUUAUCAUUAUACCAUGCUUUAGUAUACCAGCAUUUAUGGUUGGUGUUGGAGGUAAAGUGUGGAUGGGAUCCUAAAUAUGUUGUUUAACUUAUUAAAAUUGUGGUUAAGUUUGAAACAUACUGUUCUUUAUGCCGAAGUAGGAUGGCAGUGUCAGAAAGCAAUUAAAAUUGCCAACGUCUAAAGCUUGCCAAAAGUCUUGUAUUUUAAUGCUUUUAGGGUGUACAGUACUAUUUUCAUGUAUUUUAUCGUAUUUUAAUGUGUUUGUAUCUUAAUGUGAGGUGUGUCUGCUCUCUUUUACUGUGUUUUACUGUGUUUAAAUGUUUUUAGGAUUUACUGUUCAGGGGCGGAUCCAGGGAUGUUCGAAUGGGGUGGGGGCGGCGAAACUGGGUCGAUCGAGACAACACUGCCCUAGGGGGACCUGGGGGAUUUUCCCCGCGAAUUUUUGUUUUCUAGACGCCGAAAAUAACCUCUGAGGCGUUUUGGCGAUCAAUUAUUUCUUUCUUUCUUUUUUCUUUGUUUUUUUCACUUUCCAAAAGGGAUGGGGGGGGGGGCGGGCGGCCGGCCCAGUCCUCUCAAAUUCCAACCCUGCUGUUUUAAUGUAUUUUAUAAUUUUUGGGGUAUUUGUCUUUCAUGUACUGAUUUAAAAGUGUACACUGAAAUAAACAUUAUUUAUUAGUA